AUGACAACGCUGGUAGAAUCACCUCUACCACUAGUAUGGUCCAGUCACUCUCUGCCAGGACCACCUUUCAGUCUUGAUCUCAUUUGCCCACUUGUCCUUCCAUCGAAACCUUUAGAAGCAGGCUCUGACUGGCCUUUCCAGAUAGCUGGCUCAAGUUCAACCUCUAGCGAGACAGUGGAAAGUUUCACUUUAUCCCCUUUAGCAGGAUUCACAGUCGAUUUACUUCGUCUGUCUCCCACCUCGCCCUCUUCUGAUGCAUCACCUCCCAAUAACACUCUGGGAGAUGUUAUACGACCAUUUCUACGUUCUUUGCCGCAAAUAGAAACAAGACAUCGCAAAGUGAUAUUUCCGCUAUUAUGUACAUCAUCAGGUUCUUCGGUCAGUGAACUACUCGAUGAAGGGGAACUCGACGUCAUCAAAUUCGCUUUGGAAAUAAGAUUGGGGAGUAGGCAAGCUCUUGAUGAAGGUAUAAUGCCUUCACCUAAGAAGUUGAGUGACGAGCUUGAAAAACGAGAAACGUUGCUUCAAAUCAUCUUGUUGUUGAUGUACACUAUAUAUGCACCAUCGAAACCACAAAGCAAAAAGAGGAAACGAGUCAAGCAUUCUCAUAGAGCCGAACCCGAUUCACCGAUAAACGUGAACCCGACAGAAGAUCCCGAAACCGCAUUGGAGCUUUUGGUAGAUAGACUCAGUGUAUGGCAGGCUGUUUCAGAGCUUGGUUUAUCUCUGGAUCCUGUAUCGAAAGAUAGCAGAGCGAAAGGGAAAAGCAAAACUGACGAGAAUGGAAUUGCGGUGCUUUUGGGCAAAUUCUGGAAAUCAGUCAUGGUGCCGUAUUUCUUACCCAAACGACCUGAACUAUGUUCCGUUUUCCAUUUGAAAGUAUUUGGCCAUCCUUUACCUCCUAAAUUACUUCCUUUACCAAUAACGGCUACCAAGAAACCACGUAAACCGAAGCUUACUCGAGCGAUGCCGAGUAGAGAUUCACUCAUACCUCCUCCACAUUCUCAUUUCGAGAGGCCAAGAUCUGUAUCGAACGAUGAUGGCAGAUCGCUAUCGCUUUCGAGGGUAUCUUCGAGAGGGGGAUCAAGAGCUCCUUCAGAGACCGGAUCAAGGAAUUCUCCCCCCAGAGAGAGUCAUAGCAUGAAACAGACAUUGUCAAGAACAAAUACUGAUAAUCACACAUUGGCAAAGAUAGGAGGAUUAGAACGAUCAAGAUCUAGAUCCAUAGAUCCUUUGACGAGAUCGGAAAGUUUGAGCAGAUCGAUCUCAUUUGGGGUAGAUAGCAAUAGCAGUAGAUCAAAGAAAGGAUCAUUACUGAGAAAUCCAAGUGGAAAAGAUCUAUUUAAGAGUAGAGAAGUAGGUUUAAUGAGAAGAACUACUUCUUCUAGAAGACCAGAUUCAUUUUCAAGGGAAGAUUCACAAAACCAAAGUCAAACAGGCAGAUUUGGAUUAUUGGGUAGAAAGACGAGUGGUGGGAAAGAGAGUUCACAGAGGAGAAACUCAGAGGAAUCGCAAAAGCCAAAUACACUUAUUCUUGCUACCCCUUCCAAACCACGUCACAACAAUUUCUUCCGCCCGAGUCAAUCUCAGCAAUUUUCGUCCUCAUUCAAUUCAUGGAUACCACCUACGCCAAUACGUGAAGAACCUACUUCGACACCUAGACCAAACUUCAUAGCUGAAACACCGAUUGCACCUGGUCGAAUUGCCACGAAAGAAAGUUUACCCUUAGGUGGCAUCGAUGACGACGAAGAUGAAGGUGGAGAAAGUGAUGAUCCCUUAGGAGAAUUAUGGGAAUUGACUGAUGAUGAGGAUGUAGGACAAGAAAGGGAGGACAGAGUGCUGGAUACUCCAAUGAAGUAA